GCUGAGCAAUUGGAUUAAUGAAGGUGUUCGCCACUGCAUAUAGAUGGUUAAUCGAUUUAUAAUAUAUCCAAAAAGCGCCCAAUCGGAAACGUUUCAGCGCGCUUCUCUUGGAUUUGUACUAGUUGUGUGCGUGUGUGACUGCUGGAGUGUGUGUGUGUAUGUGUGUAUGUGUGUAUGCUUGCCCUAGAUGAUGGCAUCAGUAAGCGCAUGAGGGUUAUCGAUACAAAACAACAACAAUCAAGCUAACAGCAGAAGGCAGCGCAAAUGCUUAUCAACAAACAACACGCACACCAAUAAGCGAACACAAACAAACAAACACACACAUACAUACAAUCAGCAGGUUGCGUCUACCGCUGACUGCGUCCCCCUCGCCCCUCUCGCCCAAUCGCUCUAUACGUGCUCCAUAAGCGAAUAGAGCCGUACGUGUUAUGCACAAGCGAAGCACAUGUACAAAUAUACGUACACUGCGUCUUGCCUAAUAUAGCGAGCUGUUAGCUGGGACGCGAUUAAGCACAUAUAUUUAGUUGAUUUACAAUACAGCAGCCAAGAUGAAGAAAUUAUUAUCACGACGUAUUAGUAGGCUAAGCAGCCUGGAUCACUCCACGCUAGUCGACGACGAGGAGGAGGCCGUUGACUACGAUACACCCAGCAGCUAUCAAAUGACAACAAAUCAACAGCAGCAGCAGCAGCAACAAUCCCAACAGGCACCGGCCAAGCCGCUUGCGCCUUAUGCGCUCUUCUUUCGAGACACCAUGACGGCCAUCAAGCAACAGAAUCCUGCAUGCACGCUGGAGCAGAUAACAGCUAUAGCUCUAAGUAUGUGGGAAUCUAUGGACGAGAAGCAAAAGACUGUAUACGAUCAGCGGCAUGACGUGGAAAAGCGUGAAUAUGUGCGUCAGCUGCGCGAUCAUCAACGCAAUCAGCAGUUGGGCGAGCAGCAGCAGCAACAACAGCAGCAGCAGCAACAGUCGUCGCCUUCGGAUUCCCUGCCAGACCAGGAGGAAACGCCAGGGGAAACAAGAAACGAGACAGCCGUUGCGCAGCCGCCACCACCUUCAGAUCAAAUUCAGCUGUUAACCGAAGCAGCAGCAGUGCAAAAAUGUACGCGCGAACAAUGCAAUAAGCCGGCAAUAAUAAAUCCCGAUUGGGAGGAUGAAUAUUGCAGCAAUGAAUGCGUUGUUAUACAUUGUCGCAAUGUGUUUACGGAGUGGGCGCGUUCGCUGCAAAAUUCGCCCACGUAGUUACUAAUCUUAAUAGGUGCACUUGUAGGUAUUAACUAAAACAAGAAAAAAACACAAACACAAAAGUAGGUAAAACGCAAUCAGCUGUUCGGCGCACGCACGCAGCGUUGCCAGCUGUCAAAAAAAAAACAACACUAUGAAACACUGAAGCUUGGCACACCCACAAAAUGACGCGCGCAAUUCAAAUGCGUUCUGUGCAUUGCUUAGUAUUAUACGAUUAUUAAUAAAACA